AUGUUCUCAAGCGAUCAAGAUGCUCGGCCUCGGUGGGAGGAAGAUGCCAAGGAGGAGACCUCGCGAGCGACUGCGCCAGUCCAAGCUGUCACCGACCGCAAGACUCGUAUCCCUUUCCCGACAGCCGGCGAGGGGCCAUCUUCAACCAUCAAUAACGAUGAAGAAUCGACCUCCCAUGAUGCGCCAGCCAUCAACGACGAAACAGCAUCUCACGUCGAACCAGCCUGGGACGACCGGCCCACCUUCGACGAACAGCCAAACAUCUAUCCCAUCGAGCAACAUGCACCAUCAGGCCCAUCAUACGUCCUUACCUACUAUGUACCCUACCCCGUGUUCUCUAAUGAAGAUACGGUCAACAAGCCCCACCCCGUCUACUAUCCUGUCGUCGUCCACCCUCCCACAAGUUCGCCUCCUUUUCACACGGCCUACGACCAAUGGAACUACAGCCAAUGGAGAUAUGCGCAACCAAGACCUGAGCUACAGGUUGAUGCUACCACAGGACUACAAUACGCGACGACGAGCGCUCAAUAUAGGAACCCGAAGCGACAGAAUAAUUCAAAAGCAGACCAUAACCGUACCCAAAAGCCUGGAUCGAUGGGCCAUCCGAAGAGCCAACGAUCGCAGUAUCCGAGAGAAAGUCAGUAUCCCGAGCACACUCAUCCCCAGACUCAAGUCAAUGAAGCACCCCCUCUUUCUCAGCCCACCCCUUCCAGACGCCGAUCAUUCUUGGAUACAAGACCUAUCGCGAGCAUGACGGGCUUUGUGAGCCGACACAUCUCACGCUCAGCCUCACCGUCCAAACGUCCCGGCAGUCUGGCUGGAUCCGAAACUUCUCGACAGUCCGAGGGAGGAGGCCAAAGUCGUGUUGGUGCGGGGCUGAAGCGACAGCUAUCUCGUCUUCUGAGGGACAAGUCCGAUCCUGAGCCAUCAUACCCCAAACUCCCAUCCGAUGGGCUUCUCAAACCCCCUUCCACAUCUCGCCCCUCUCGCUCUCCUACACCACCUCAUACCCCCAAGAACGCGUCCAGCACCCCUCCCGCCCCAUGGUCAGCUCGGGCAGAAAGCCUACAGGUAGUUGCGUCCGAUACCCCAGGCAUUCUUCGGUUAAAGAAUAGAAAGGAAAGCGAAGGAUGGGGCGUGGACCGUCAGCCGGCACAGUGGGACCGGAUAUGGUCGACUGCAGAGGCCGAGAGCAAUACUCGUACACCGAGACCCUUCGACCCUCAGUCUCCCAAGCCAAAGUCGCCCAAGGUACCCAUUUCCCUCUCAUCAUCGACUCCCUCAUACAGCUUGAAGCCUCCCAGAGCCCAGGCCGAUGAAGAUGGUUGGCAGACAGUACGGCAUUCCAGAUCUGCCACUUUGAUCAUGAACUUGGGCAAAGGCAAGGGGAAGAAGGAGUUGGGGAAGGACUUGAAGGCUAGCCAGAGCUCGGAGACCCUUCAGAAUGAGAGGAAGAAGGUUUUGGAGACAGAGGUUGGGGUCAGGGAUAUGUUUCCGGGUGCUGGUGAUGGGAAGGCGGAGAGCGCGGGAGAUGGUUGGCGCCGAAGCGAUGCCGAUGGACAAGUUUCACACCAAGCACGGAGUCUCGAACAGGAUCUGGAUAUCUCAGGCUUCAAUACUCAGUACGUAUCAGAAGCUCACCAAGAAUCCACGACGCCUAAAAUCGCCUCGCCGAGGAUAUUGACGCCUGCACUGGAUGACCUCGCCUCCCACAGUACGAAUAUAGUCGGAGAUUCGCCCGCGGACAUUGAACUUCAAGCCCCCCAAAUCGAGGAUACCAUUGGAAAUCCAGACGAAUCUACAGCGACGAAUUCCGAGAACGAAAGAGACGAGCAAGAGACGGACUUGAUGACAGUGACGACGAGGGCAAGGAAGGAGGAGGAGGAAGACGCCGGGGCAGAGGUUCUGGAUGAGGACAAUCAAGACUGCGACCCGUCGGAAUCUAGGACCGAGGAUCGAACCUUCACUACUCCGAAACGCAAACAUCCCAAGAAGAAAACACCAAAGAAGAACAAGAAGUCGCAAGACCUCAAGCCUCCUCCGCCUUUCUUGGACGACGACUUCCUGAUACCCACUCCCCCGCGGUCGCCGGAACAUUCACCAACACUCGAGACACUCGACGCCGAUACUCCCACAAAGAAGACGCAAGGACAGAAGAAGAGAGAGAAAGAGAAGUUGAAGAGGCUACAGAAGACUUGGGAUGAAGAGAUAUUGAAGGAGAAGGAAGGCUUCUACGACGAUUUACGAAAUAGGGCGCUCACUGCCUAUACAUAUGAUCACACCAACGACUCCUGCUGGUGGUAUACCGAUUCUAACCUCCCUCCUUCACAGCCACCCGCAUAUUAUGCACGCCGAUACAUCCCCAGAGGGACUAUCUUCAUGUGGGAGCGGCCUUUCAUGCGAGUGUUCUGUGGUCGCCAUGGCGAAAGCUCUAGAGACAGGCUUCUGGCUGUGUUGUCAUUGGAGCGAUGCGGAGAGUGCGAAGGUCUGGGCUGGAUACGUCAGGGAGGUAGACUUGUGGCAGUGGGGAGGCAUUCUCAGUGGAAGAAGUGGAGCGAGUAUGUGCGGUGUAUUGAGCAGGAGGACUGGGAUGGUCUACAAGGACAGUGGGGUCUGCACGGUGAUAUGACAGUAGGCGAACCUUCGUCAAUGCUUAUCGACGUCGUCUUCCGCCGUUCCACUUUCAAGUACUUUGAAGAGAUCUAUGCCCAACGCCGAGAAAACGCCCUGGACGGCCCUCCUCUUCCAAACAUAGUCACACCCAGCAAAGAAGAUUGGGCGACGGCUCGCGAGAAACGAUUCAUGGACAUGGAGCGAUUUCACAACUCCAACAAAGUAUCGGCAGGGCAGCUCAAGGAACCAGAUACGGCCGGGGAUGAAGAGACUUUGGCUGAAGGUGAAGAAGAAGGGACAGUAGGGAAAUGACGAGCAACGUGAUGAUACGACAGUUCAGAUGAACCAACAACAUAGCGAGACCUUUUGAGUGAUAUGCCAGCGCGUUAUCUCGCCAAAUGAAUUCUCCAUCGCGUUAUGGGCGCAGGCUGUAGAUUGUUGCUGCCGAG